CAAUUUCCCGCAUCGAUGCUCUCGGCGCUCGGCACGCCCGGCCUGGCGCGCAUGCGCACCGCGCGCUGUACGGCAGGCGGGACAAGGGAACAAGAUGGCGGCGCCCGGGGGCGGCAUGGAAGGCCCGGCGGAGGCCGAGGGAUUGGUUUUGGGGCGGCUGGAGGAGGAGGCGCUGAAGCGGCGGGAGCGGCUGAAGGCGCUGAGGCAGCGCACGCUGCAGAACAAGGAGACUGGAGAACCUGAAUCCAAAAUUCCCAGAGAAGAUGAGGAAGAGGAGCCAGUCAAACACAGGGAGAUCAAGCUGCGGAAUUACGAUCCCGAGGACGCGGAGCUGAAGAAGAGGAAGCUGCCCCCGGCCAAACCGGCCUCAGUGGAGGACACGGUGAAGGAGCAGCUGGAAGCGGCCAAGCCGGAGCCCAUCAUCGAUGAGGUGGAUUUGGCAAACUUGGCUCCCAGGAAACCUGACUGGGAUUUGAAGCGGGAUGUGGCCAAGAAGCUGGAGAAGCUGGAGAAGAGGACGCAGAGAGCCAUCGCCGAGCUGAUCCGAGAGCGCUUGAAGGGGCAGGAGGAGGAGCUGGCAGCGGCUGUGGGAUCAGCAAAGCAGGAGGGGAGCGACUCUGACUGAGGAGAAUCCAUCAGGAACAGGCUCUGGAUCUGCCUCACACCGACCCCUUUUGGGACUGCUCAUCCCUUUUUUCCAAACUUCCCGAAUCCUGCCGUGCCUGGAGGAGAGGCAGCUCCAAGGAGCCUCUCUGGCUGCUGAGGAAUUCCAUGAAAAACUUUCUGGGAUCAUGGGGGGUUGAUGGGAGCAGGACAGACCCCCCAGUUAGCUGGAACUUCCUUGGAGCAAGGAAAAGUGGGAAAACUCCAGGCUGGGGCUGGGAAUGUCAAUCCAGACUCGCUGGGAAAGGAGGGAGAUUCCAACAGCUGUUGGAAAAGCUGGAUCAUUUCCCAGGAUUGGUGCUCCUGUUCCUGUGCACAGACUCCUUGAGGCUCAGUAUUUGGGAAUAUCCAGCCCUGGAAUUCCUGUGGGAAGGGGCUGUGUGGCUCAGGAAUUGUUGGCUGCUCUGCAUCCAGCUGAGUGUCACGUGGGAUUUCCUUUGCUCCCGGAAUUUCCCGACCCUCCAGGAGCUCCUGUUCCCCCUCUUGGGGUUUUUUAUUGUUAAUGGAUCUUUUCCUAAUAAAACAGUUCCAUGUGGGAAAA